UGACCUUGGGGGAGGGCGGGGCCCUGGGGCCCCGCUGCUGGCUGGAUACAAUGUAGCCCCCGGCGUGUCCGGUCCGGCAAGCCACGCCAGGUGCCCAGAGCAGCCGGUGCCAUGGCUGUGCUGGGUCUCAAGUCUUCAUGGCUGGCCUUCAACACGGGCAUUGUGGCCGGCUUCGCCGUCGCCUUCUACUUGCUGCACAGCGCGCCGCUCCCUCUGCCCCCCAAGGACUCACCGCGCCGUGCCACCCUUGCCCCUGGGCCAGCUCUCCUUGGUGCUCUCCACCCGCCCCUCCCAGGCGAGAACAACACGACAGCGGCCGAGCUGUUCUCCAAGGUGCGCAUCCUGUGCUGGGUGAUGACGGCGCCCCAGAGCCUGGAGACCAAAGCGCGGCACGUGCGGGCCACAUGGGCACGGCGCUGCAAUGUGGUGCUGUUCAUGAGCUCGCAGGCCGACGCCGCCUUCCCGGCUGUGGGGCUGGGCACUCGCGAGGGUCGCGACCAGCUGUACUGGAAAACCAUCCGGGCCUUCCAGCACGUGCACCAGCACUACCUGGCCCAGGCCGACUGGUUCCUCAAAGCCGACGAUGACACCUUUGUGGCUGUGGACAACCUGCGCUGGCUGCUGUCCGCCCACGCACCUGACCGCCCCAUCUACUUCGGCAAACGCUUCAAGCCCUUUGCCCGCCAGGGCUACAUGAGCGGCGGGGCCGGCUACGUGCUGAGCCGCGAGGCCCUGCGCCGCUUUGUGGCCGGCUUCCAGACCCAGGUCUGCAGCCACACGAGCCCCGUGGAGGACCUGGCCCUGGGCCAGUGCCUGGAGAAGAUGGGGGUAGAGGCGGGUGACUCCCGGGACACGCUGGGCCGCGAGACCUUCCACCCCUUCCCGCCCGAAUCUCACCUUACUGGGAAGUUUUCCAAGAGCUUCUGGUACUGGAACUACUGCUACUACCCCAUUGUGGAGGGGCCUCAGUGCUGCUCAGACCUGGCCGUGUCCUUCCACUACGUGAAUGGGGAGCUGAUGUACACACUGGAGUACUUCGCCCACCACCUCCGUGCCUACGGCUACCACCCCCGCUACCAGCCACCCCCGCGCCUCCAGGACUGGGAUGGGGGCAAUGCCACGCAGCUGGCAAAGGGCAGCCGGAGACGGUAGAGUGGGGCAGCACAGCUCCAUGGCAUGUGAGCCAAGGGCGUGCAGCAGUGCCUUCCCCUGCCCUCCCUCCAGAGAAGUGAGCCUGGUGUGCGGCCCCCCCCAGCUGUGGCACCCAGUAGAGCGGGGGCUUUUCCCCUGGGCCAUGAGGCGUGGGAGCUGGGAUGCCAGGGUGAGUGGCUCCUAAGGAAGGAGGGUGGUUGGGGGGGCAGACUUGCAGGGAGAAUCUGCCCUGGGAUGAAAGUGGGGGGGAGGGGGCAAAAGUGGCCACUUGACCACAGCUCCCCCACGAUGGGGGAUGAGGGGGCCUGCCAUGGGCCACACCAAAGCGGAUAGCACUGUGGAUCAUAGCACUUCAUAGACUGAUCUGUAGCAUCUCAGCCCCACUGGCUGUUCCCUCUGUGGCACCUGGGGCUGUCCAGCCCUGCCCUGGGGGCGGGGGGCAGUGGGGGUGUCUCUAUGAAUAAAUGCUCCUUUGGUACAAGAAUAAA